AUGUAUUCAUUUCAACAUUUAUUGUUACUCGAAACAUCAACUCAUGAACUUCUUCGUCUGCCUACCGAUGCUACUUUGAAGAGUUUCGAAGAUGAACUCCGUUCAUUACAUGUACGCUCAGCUGUCGGUCAUCUAUGCACAUUGAUCACUCGUGAAUACGAUCUAACUACUCGAAUUCCGUUAAAUGUCUAUCGAACAUCUAUGCGUACAUGGUUCAUUCAUCUACAAUCAUUAGCUAUGGUACAGGGUAAUAAUGAAGAACCGAUGCAAUACAUACUCGAUUUUUUAACCUAUCUACCAGUGUAUGUCGGACAAGCAAGACUUAUUCAAGAAAUCGUACUUGGACCACUCGACGAUGUGUUCUGGAAAAGUGGAGUAAAUGCAGUUAGUGCACGAACAAGAAUAUGGAAAUUGGCAGAUGAAAAGCAAAGGAACAAAUUAGAAAUUUGGGGUCAUACACUUGAUAUCAACGACUGGAAGAACAGCAGUAAAUGGUCUGGACAAGAUUACUCGGUUGAAGACCAAGUAUCGCUUCUUGAGCCAUCAGAGAAUAGAACGACUUCAAGUGAGACCAUUGUUCAAGCUAUUCAUGAUAUGUUAAGAAUCCAUGUUACUUUCUUCACAGACGACACUUAUAUGCCAACAACAAUACCAGCUGCAGCGCCGACUUUAUCCACAACUCAUCAAUCACAUUCAAAUCCAAUUGAAGUCAAGAGCAAUAACGAAAACGGAUCAGCUCAAGCUGCAUUUGAACAUAUCGAAUCGAUUCGUCGAGGCUUUGGUGUCGAUAGUGGUCUCGAUUCGAGUGGUCAAUCGAUUGUCAAUAAUCUCCAAGGAAUGAUCGAACGAAGUUUACAAAAAUUAUCCAACGAUCUCUAUUCGGAACAGGGCCAUUUUGUUUUAGAACUCAUUCAAAAUGCCGAUGACAAUCAAUAUGCGUCUGAUCGUUUGCCAACACUUCGUUUUGUUCUAUCAGAUAAACGAAUUUUAGUUUGUAACAAUGAAAUUGGUUUUCAACCGAAUAAUGUUGCCGCCAUCUGUAACGUGGGUGCAACGACCAAAGGCAAACACAAACAAGGCUAUGCUGGACACAAAGGUAUCGGAUUUAAAUCAGUAUUCAUGGUAUCCAAUCGUCCUGAGAUCCAUUCGGGUGACUAUCAUUUCUGUUUUGAUACUGUUGAUGGUACUCAACAAAUUGGAUAUAUUCGUCCGAUUUGGUUGGAUAAAUGGGGUGAAGAAUUACCGACUGCUAACGAAUGGACAACGUGCAUUUGUUUGCCGAUUCAACGAGGUAGUCGACUUCAAGAAAAUUUUGACAAUAUUCAAGCAAAACUAUUACUCUUUCUCAAUCGUUUACGACGAAUUGAAAUUGUGGGUCAACCGAUAAGCGCUUCAAACAGUGAUCAAAGUCGUAUUUUUACUAGAUUUGAUCAUGCUGAUGGGAAGAUAAUUGAGCUACAAGAAAAGACAGUAAAUGGGACAAUUAUCAAAAAUUUUUGGCUCGUUGUCAAGAAAGUUCUGCAAGUGCCCGAAGAUAUCAAGGAAAAACUACGCGAAGUCAAAUGUGACGUUCAUUCGACGACAAUUGCCAUUGCUUAUCCACUCAGUGGCCUUCAACAGUCGGUUCAACAACUUCCAUCGGCUCAACCUCUCUUCGCUUAUUUACCACUCCGUUCGUAUGGUUUUCGUUUCAUUCUUCAAGCCGAUUUUGAAAUACCUGUCACACGACAAGAAAUUCUUCAUGAUAACAUUUGGAACGAAUGGCUCAAAUCCGAAAUGAUUCAACUUCUUCCUUUGGCCUAUACACAAUUUCAAAAUCUACCCGAUCUUCUCACAUCAUCGUUGCUGAAUCAGAAAUUGGCAGUCCAUUAA